AUACAUACGCCAGGGCUCUGGCGGAGAGGCGCGUCGUCCAAUCAGCGGCCGGGGAACGCGGGACCUCGAACGUUGGGACACUCCCAGGCCCCGCCCCGCGCUGUUGUUUGUGGUGUUCUCCCCGGGAGGAGGGAGAGCGGGCGAACCACAACAUUCGUCCGGUCGGGGCCGAUUGAAGCAGGCUGCUUGGGCCGAAGGGAGGGGAGGGAGCGCAGGCGGCGAUUGCUGGGGGUUGGGAAGGAAGAGAAGGGCAGGCGGAGGAGGCAGGCGGGCGCAGGCCGGAGAAAAAGGCGAGAGAGAAGGAGGAAGCCAGCAUCGGCGGACGCCUCCCCGCUCCCCCCAGCCCCCCGGACAUCGGACUCUCUUCUUUCCCGCUGGGCGGCUGGUGCCGGCUUCGCUUCUUCUCGCCAUGUCGGUGAAUAUGGAGGAGCUCAGGCACCAGGUCAUGAUCAACCAGUUCGUGCUGGCCGCGGGCUGCGCGGCCGACCAGGCGAAGCAGAUGCUGCAGGCGGCCCACUGGCAGUUCGAGACCGCCCUGAGCACGUUUUUCCAAGAAACAAACAUUCCCAACAGCCACCCUCAUCACCAGAUGAUGUGCACACCUAGCAACACGCCUGCUACGCCGCCCAAUUUCCCGGACGCAUUGGCCAUGUUCUCCAAGCUACGGGCCUCGGAGACCCUGCAGAGCAGUAACAGUCCCAUGACAGCCAUGGCUUGCUCCCCCCCUGCAAACUUCAGCCCCUUUUGGGCCUCUUCUCCACCCAGCCACCAGGCAGCCUGGAUCCCACCCUCUUCCCCCACAGCUCACAGCCUACACCACCUCCACCAUCCUCAGCCCACGUGGCCCCCCGGGGCACAACAAGGGGGUUCCCAGCAGAAAGCUGUGGCUGCAAUGGAUGGGCAGAGAUAAGACUUUGUGCUGCUGGGGCCCGGGCUGGGGGUGCAGGGGCUAGAAGUGCUUGGGGUAGGGGUGGGUGCAGAGGAGGACAGGUUAGGGAAGGGUGGGGUGGGAUGGGGUGGGGUAUUUCCUGAAGAUUGCACUGGAAAAUUUUAUAAUUUUUUUUUUUAAACUUCCUGAGCCACCCAAGGCCUUCAGGGAGGAUUUCUCUUCAGGAAAGUCAGUAACUGGUCUUUUCUCUUUUUAAUAUAUAACUAUAAUAUAUAAAAAUAUACAGAUAUAUCUAAUGUAUGGGAGAAUGGGGCCAGCCUUGGAGAGAGAAGGGGGAAGGAAGAUGGAGAAAAUUUCUUUCAGCCACCUCUCCCCCUACUUAUGCCAGAGUGCAGUGCUUGGCUAAUAACAGAUAGAUCUCUGGGUAAUAAGUUCUAGUGACCUGAGAGGGGGUGGGUUGCCAAUGUCUAGAGCAGCUGUGGUAAUGGAGGAUAGGAUGAGGGGGGUGUACCUCCACGCUCUGCAGUGCUGAGGCUGUGAACCUGGAUUGUGGCAGUGGCCAGAGAAGAAGCCAGGCUCUCUCCUUGGGACUCCCCAGGAAUAGUGGCAACAGGAAAAUGGAUUUGAAGGGCGAUAAGGACUUUGUGCCACCCCCCAAUCUGGACUCUGCCUCUGAAAUGCUGAUCACAGCUCCCACUGUUCCUCUGACCUCAAACUGGAUGGUAUCUUCUCCCCCACCCCAAAUCACUGCUGCUUAGACCCUGGAGGCAGUAACUGCUUUUUUUGCCGACUCUCCCAGGGUCUCCACCCUGAUGGGGUAGAGAGGGGUGGGGUGGCCCACCUCCAGAUAAGAUUUAUCUCUUCCCCAUUCCAGGGCUGGGGCCCUGCACUGUUGUACCGAGGGAUGGGGGUGGGUGGGGAGGACCUUAAGCCUCUCCCACCAGAGCCACAAAUGGUGGGAAUGGCAUGCUUGGUUGAGCUGGACUGGACGAGUUUGCAACCAAGGACUUUUGGUUUAGUUCCCAAAUCAGAAUCUUGCUCAUGCCAGGUUGAGUUUUUUUUUUAAUUAAUUUAAAAUUUUUUUUAAAAAAUGAAUUUUCUAACCUCCUGUGUCUGUGGUAUUGUUCUUUCCUGUUUGGAAACAAACCUGCCCUAUUCUCCCAUGUCCUCAGACACUAGGGUGGGGCUGGAAGGGGACUGAGUUGAAUGAGGAAGAAGGGGAGUUGAGGUAAGAAAGGUGAGGGGCUUUGAAUCAUGGAUUUGUAGAGCUGAGAAGGAAGCCUCUUGCUUGGGGGUCAUAGUUAAUCAUCUAAGUGAUUUGUUAUCCCCCUUUCCUCUUAAUUCAGUGACCUAUUAGUCAUUUUUUUUCCUGUUAGGUAGUAACUGAAGGGGGUGUGAGGGAAUUGAGAUUGAGGCCUGAGCUGUUUAUCCUUCUCUUUCCUGCUGGUCCCAUAUUGCUCUUUGCCCCUUCAGAUUACAGUCUUUUGGCUCAAGGGGGAGGCGGGAGCAAACUCCUGGUCAAAUUGAGUGCUGGGGUGAGGAAAUAGCCUUGAAAAAGUCACCUGAUCUUAACACAAAGCCUAGCUCCUUAGUUACAGGUUUCCCUCCCUGGACCUUUCCAAGAUCCCACCCCACCACAUUCCCUGUCACUUAGCUUCAGUGUCAGUCAAACUCUGAACCAGCACCUUUCUUCUAGGGUCUAGCCAGGUUUUUCUGGUAGUCCUUGUCAGCAAAGUCAAGGCUUAUUUUUCGUUCUCCCUAACCCAGCAUCCCAGGAACAGUGAGCGUAUGUGAGACCUGGGCUAAGACACUGGGUCUCUAAGAAGGGAGUGGGGGGGCGCUGUGUUGUAUGUAUCAGUGAGCAGAGGCAGAGCUACUGUUUAUUAACAGUGAAUUCUCUGAGUAAACGCCUGUUGACCUUAGGGGAGCUGAGCCCAUCCUAACCUGUGUUUCCUAGAGAGGAGAGUAGUCCUGCCUAGUUUGUAAAGUGGAUGAGGAGGAGCUUUAAAUCAUUCAGUCAGUGAACAUUUAUUAAGCACCUCCUGUGUGCCUGGGAUAGAAGGGCUAGAAGCAAAGUAAAUCCUGGAUAAUUCAAGGGUGGGGGUGGGAGGGGAAAUCGAGAAAGGCUUUCUUGAGGAAGGAGAUGGUUCCUGAGCUGAGCUUUGCAGAACUCUGUUCAUCUUCAUGGAGAUGAGGAGGUAAUAUGUUCAGGUGUUGGGGACCAGAGAUAAAAUAUGUGUGAGGACUUGCAAGAAGGCCUGGCCUGAAUGGACCAGGAUUUUGUACUGAACCAAUUCAAUUGCGUUAAUAAAGUUUGUAGUAAGGAACCCCAGAAGGGAAAUACAUA